UUUUACGACGUUCAUGUUCAGUGUUCAUCAAUAUGAAUAUUGCUGCAGUGCUGCAGAGAAAGUCUAAAUUUAAACAACAGAACCUGAGGAAGGCGAAAAGUAGUGAGGGAGGGUUUACAAAGCCACCGAGUCAAAGCAGAGAGACUCAGUACAGAGAGAGGGAUAGAGAAUGACACACAUAGUGAGCUGAAGAUUGCCGUUCAGUUUGAUGAAGAAAACAAACAUCCUCUUCAACAGCAGACGUGCAGCACGGCAGUGAGUCUGAGAUCUGAUUGAUUACUGAUCAGGAUCCCUACAGAUGACAUGCAGUCUCAGAGAAGAGUAGAGGUGCAUGACCAUCUUAAUGGCUCACGGAUCAUUUUCUCGGACGAGGCUCUUCCCGGCAGUGGAUCCAGACAGCACUUCAUGGCUCCGGAUAUGACCCAGGAAGUAGUCGUAAUCUCUCCUGGUCUUCCUACACCUCCCUCGAGUCCGUUCCACAUCAGUUCAGCCCCUGCGUCGUCACAGCACAAGGUCGCAGAGGUCAAUGGAGGUGGAUUCACAACACAGAGUUUCGGAUCCUACUAUGGGCCGACUCAGACAAAUGUUGGAUUAUCCAAUGGUGGGAUACGGACUGGAGGUUCUGCCACGUUGCCCAGGACGUCCGGUACCGGAGAGGAGCGCUUAAUCAAGUUCUCUGGAAUAGGUCCUGUAGAUGAGACAGGCAUGCCAAUCGCAUCCCGAUCUAGCGUAAACAAGCCCAAGGACUGGUAUAGGAGCAUGUUUAGACAAAUCCACAAGAAACCAGAGGAGCCUGAGCUUGACUGGAGAGAAAAGAAGCUGUCAUCAUCUCCUCCUCCAGAUUCUGGCCAGCAGGAGGGACGCUCAGACCCCUUCACCCUCACCCCUCACGGAGCCCUGCCCAACUGGGCUGAUCUGGGCGACACAGGGAAGCACCCAGAACCCAAGAGUAUUUUUGACUUUGAGCCUGGAAAGGGAGCAGAAGAGGAUCGUAGUCGGUCUCUGAGGUCUGAGUCACAGCUGCCUUCAUAUUACAGCCCAGUGAAACCUCAAUCCCAGUCUCCGUCCAUAGAGGCGACGCUGGUGUCAGAGCUGAACCGUUUUGAGGCGGAGCUGGACUCAGACAUUCGUGGUCUGGAGAGGAAACUGUCACAGAAGCAGCAGCAGCGGCGAGGCAGGGGUGAGGGAGCUAAAACCAACACAGCAACCACAAGAACAGAAGAGAACAGACAAGAAAACAGCUAUCCCAUAAUCCCCUGCUCUGCUGUAAAGCAGGGCACAGCAGCGAACUUCAUGCAUGCUGAUGAUCGCAUAAUGUCAUCAGACAUGGAUUUCCCACCUAAGAAAGAAGAGAGAAAGAUGAAAGCAGCGCGAACCAAAUUUAAUUUCCAAGCACAGUCACCAAAGGAGCUGACCUUACAAAAAGGUGAUGUAGUGUAUAUACACCGGCAAGUGGAUGCCAACUGGUAUGAAGGAGAGCAUCAUGGGAGAGUGGGGAUCUUUCCCACCAGUUAUGUGGAGAUUAUUCCUCCAACAGAAAAGCCCACGCCAAUAAAGUCUCCCACCAUCCAGGUGCUGGAGUACGGAGAGGCUGUAGCCCUGUUCAACUUCAAUGCAGACCUGCCUGUGGAACUGUCCUUCAGAAAGGGCGAGGUGAUCUCUAUCACCAGGCGUGUUGAUGAUCGCUGGCUGGAGGGGCGUAUCGCCGGCACCAGCCGCAGUGGAAUCUUCCCCAUCAACUAUGUCCAGGUCAACAAAAUGCCCCGCACUAAAAGCAGCGAUGACUUUCCAUCUUCUCCCACUCUUACCCCAGAGCCCCUCAGCCCUGGUCGACCACAGCACUCCCCUCUGUCUCCCUUGUCACGCUCCCCUGAACCCCAGCUUUCACCUCACAAACACUCCAGCCAAUCACGCUCCCCUCUGUCACACGCACAGCCCACCUCCCCAAAACAGCCUUCAAACCACUUCCUGUUCUCGCCCACAAACAACCGGACCAGAUCGCUGCACGCUCACAGCCCACUGGAAAAGGACACCCGAUCACCCAUGUCUCCCUCCAAUCAUGUGCUGACAUCUCCACAGGGCCCGGGACUGCCAGCCAACACCAGCUCGCACCCUCCGUACAUCACACAGGAUGGGACCAGAACACAAUAUCCACAGCCCAAUGCAGAGGUUAAAAUUCCUUCCACAUCACAGUCUCCCGUGAACACGGGUUAUUCACGACAACCGUAUAAAGCGGUUUACAACUAUAAACCCCAGAAUAGAGACGAGCUGGAAUUGAGAGAAGGAGAUAUCGUUCAGGUCCUAGAGAAGUGUGAUGACGGCUGGUUUGUAGGUACGUCUGAGAGGACCCAAGCUUUUGGAACAUUCCCUGGCAAUUAUGUGGCACCAGUUUGAGAGCUUCCACCAGUUCUUGUUCACUGACACUACAGGCUCAACCACUAAUCAACGCAUAAUACAGUCUGCCUGUACUGCCACUUUACACUACACACAAAACCACUGCCCUCCUCACGAACACAAAUAUAAAGCCAUAAAAACUCCUUCACAUCCUCCACCAAGCAUGUGCACUCCUCACCUUACAGUAUCUCUUGCAGACGUUGCACACAGUUGGGUUUGACCCACUCACGUGUGAUGAAGCCACACUGAAUUACGCUAUUGACUUUAUCUAAGAUGACUUACUCAAUUUUAACAUCUUUGUAAAGCUUACCUCCAUUUUGGUUUCAGAUUUGUAGCAACAUUGCCAACGCUACAUAUCCUGAGGAUCUGGAUGUAAGAGAUGGUUAAAACCGUCCGGUUUUUUCUUUUUCUUUUUCUUUUUUUCAGACGCUCAUCACAGUUGUCAUUUAUCUGUUGCGCUGGCUUAGCUGAUCGCCACAUCAUAUACUGUAAUAAUCAGAGCCGCAGUCUUUGCAAGCAUUAUCAAGUAUCUGUAAGCGCUUAAUGCAGUUGUCGCCAAGUGUUUAAUCUGUCUGUAUUAGGUUCAUGUUAAUUGUGUAGCAAACCCAGCGUUCAACAUUAUGUUCAGCUUUAGGAUGGGGAAAGUAUUGCUGUGCGGUUUCAAACUCCUUUGUAUGAGUAAAAGUCUCCUGCUCAGUGAAAAAAAUCAGUGAUAUGUUGUGGUGGGUUAAACAUGGUUUUUGACUUUAUAUAAAUGAUUUAAAUCUAUAUCCAAAACCAUAUUGAACUGAAAAUAUGAAUUAAUGCAAGAUCAGUCUUCAGGAUCAGAAGAACAUCAUGAUUUGCAUGCAUAUUCACUCACAGUGGGGGGGAAAAAAAUCUUGAGCAGUAUUUAGUCUUGUUUUCCUGUAAACAUUAUAAAACAAGAAUAAUACUUUGUUUAAGGAGCAAAAUUGUACUAGGUAAAAUUUCAGAGAAUAUAUCUUAAGCUAAGUUUAUAUAUGUGACCCUGGACCACAGAACCAGUCAUA